AUGUCCGACUCCUACGCCAGCUCUUCGUACUUCUACAGCUCUACGACCAACACCACCAACGGAGCAAACGCCACCGGCCACCGGUACACAACGUCCUCGCACACCGAGCCCGACGGGACGACCGUCGUGCGCACAGCGCACCAAGACCUAGGCCAGCCCGUCGUCGUGGAGGAGCGUCGCUAUGACCGGACGGGCCAGGAGCAGCUGGCUCUCCCUGAGCCGACGGGGACGUCCGCUGGGGGUGUGAAGCGUAUCACUGAUUUGGAUGAUGAGGAUGCUACGGGCGCGACGAGUCUUGAUGCCGGCACGGCGUAUGGGGGUCCUGAGGCCGGGGGGACUGCUCCACAGGAUACUGAUGAGAAUGUUGUAGAUCGGGAGUCGGUGGAUCUGGGGACUACGCCGUCUGGGCAGCGCGUGCGUGAUCCGUUGACGGAGGGGUCGAAUUCAAGGGAGUCGAGGCAGUACGAGGAUCCAAGUACCGGGGCGAGGUUGUUGAGGCAGUCGGAUGUAGAUGUGUCGGAGGUCAUUUAA